GAAACGAAUGGAGGAAAUCGUUGUUACCUAGCAACCAACAGAUUGCUGGUAAAUUGUGGACAUCAAGAGAAAAUCCAAUCUUAAAUUUGUGUUUACUUCUAUAAAAUGACCGAGGAAAAAAAGGACAAAGAGAAGGCACCGUUUGAUGACAGUGCCUUUGAUGCCUUGGAGAAGGACUUUCAAGAGGUUUUGGCUGAACUGGCUGGAGACAGAAGCCUUGAAAAGUUUCGCUUGGAAUAUGAAAAACUUCACAAAGCCUUAAAAAAAUCUCAUGAAAGUGAGCGCAGACUUAUGCAAAAAUGUCGUGAGCUGAAUGCAGAAAUAGUUGCCAACUCAGCUAAAGUGGUCACUGCCCUCAAGUUGUCUCAAGAUGACCAGGCUACUAUUGCAUCACUUAAGAAAGAGGUGGAAAAAGCCUGGAAAAUGGUGGACGCUGCUCAUGAAAAAGAGGCCAAGUCCAAAGAAACUGCACAGAGGUUGAAGACUGAGAUAGAACAGCUGAGUAAACUGGUGGAGCAGGGGGCUGGACUCACUAUGGGCCAGGAGCACAGUGUCAAUGAGCUGUUGAAGCUGAAAGAGGACCUGACCAAGGAGAGGGACGAGCAGCUCCAGGAGAUCACCCGACUGAGAGAAAAUCUGGCCGACGCCCACACGCGCCAACAAAAGCUGGAGACAGACAAGGCUGACGCUGAGGAAAAAAUCAUGCAGUUGAACACAGACAUCCAGAUGAGGAACAAUGAGGCCCAGCGGGAGGCGCGCAAGAGAGACAAGCUAGAGCGAGACCUGACCCAGGCCAAGGCUGAGCUGGACGCCAAAAACUCGGACAUUAAAAAAAUGGUGACACAGAUUGAACACUACAAGGAGGAGAAAGAAAUAUUGGACCAGCAGCUCAAGGAACAGAGGGUUCUGAGUGAACGAACUCUAAAAGACUCGGAAGUUCUCAACGCGCGACUGAUGAAAUUAUCAGCUGAAUAUGAAAGUCAGCUGAUCAAUGCUGAUAGCUUAGCUCAGGAGAACCAGUCCAAAGCAACAGACCUUAAGCAAAAAGAAGAAGAGCUGAGCAUGCUGAAGUCAGAGAGCCAAAGACAGAACAAGAUGAGGGAGACGCUGCAGCGCAAGCUGCGCACAGUGGAGGACAGCAAGACAGAAGUGGAGCAGCAGAAGGAGACCCUCAAAUCUCAGAUCAGUGCGCUGGAGCGUGAAUUGGAGCUGGCCAAGAAGAAAACAGAAGCAGACAAGAAAAGUAUUGAUGACCUUAUUAGAGAAAGGGACAUUCUUAACAAGAACUUGCUGAAAGCUGCCGGUGCCACCCAGAAGCAGCUCCACCUGGUCAAGCUACAUGACCAGUCCAAGAAGAACCUGGAGCAGGAGAUUGCCAACUACAAGGACGAGGCCCAGAAGCAGAGGAAGAUCAUCUACCAGCUGGAGAAGGAGAGAGACCGCUACAUCAACGAGGCUAGCGACCUGACACAGAAGGUCCUGCAACACAUGGAGGAUGUCAAGGUCAGAGAGAUGCAAAUCUUUGACUACAAGAAGAAAAUAGCUGAGGCAGAGACCAAGCUGAAACAGCAACAAAAUUUGUACGAGGCUGUCAGGUCGGACAGGAACCUGUACAGCAAGAACCUCAUCGAGUCACAGGACGAGAUCACAGAGAUGCGGAGGAAGCUGCGGAUCAUGAGCCACCAGAUAGACCAGCUGAAGGAAGAGAUCCAGGCCAAGGAGGCCGCGCUGGUCAAAGAGACGCUGGUCAAUCAGCAGGUGGAGAAGGAGAAGGACACACUCAAGGCAGAGCUCCAGAAGAUGAAGCAGCAAGCCCUGGAGAGCAAGUCCCACAUAGAAGCCCAGGAAGCUGAAGAAAAAAAGUUGUUGGCCAUCAUCAGAGAGGCCGACGCUGAACGUGUGCGACAGAAGAAAGAAUUGGACCAGGUGAUCAGUGAACGUGACAUCCUGGGCACCCAGCUGGUGCGACGUAACGAUGAGCUGGCUCUCCUGUACGAGAAGAUCAAGAUCCAGCAGUCUGUGCUCAACAAGGGGGAGAUCCAGUACAACCAGCGUCUGGAGGACAUCAGGAUCCUCAAGCUGGAGAUCAAGAAGAUGAGGAGGGAGAAGGUCAUCCUGCAGAAAAGUGUGGCCAAUGUGGAAGAUUUGAGGCGCGAGGUGUACCACAUCCAGAGGGAACUCUUGAGGGAGAGGACACGGUGUAAGGCUCUGGAGGAGGAACUGGAGAAUCCAAUGAACAUCCACAGGUGGAGGAAGCUUGAGGGCAGCGACCCGGCCACGUUUGAGAUGAUCCAGAAGAUCCAGACCCUGCAGAAGAGGCUGAUCCAGAAGACGGAGGAGGUGGUGGAGAAGGAGCUGCUCAUCCAGGAGAAGGAGAAACUUUACCUGGAGCUCAAGCACAUUCUGGCGCGCCAGCCUGGCCCUGAGGUGGCAGAACAGCUGGCCAUAUACCAGCAGACAUUGAAGGAAAAAACCAAGCAGAUGAAGGGCAUGGCCUCAGAGCUGAACAUGUACGAGGCACAGGUGGCGGAGUACAAGUACGAGAUAGAACGGAUAGCCAGAGAACUGCAGGAGGUGAAAAAGAAAUAUUUUAUGCAGAAGAAAAAAGAACAGCAGCAAAAGGAGCGUGAGCGGGCCAUGCUGCAGGCAGAAGGUCCAGCCAUCAUCUCCCAGAGAACAGACGCCCCCAGGUUCACAGGCGGAGGAUUUAACUUAAAGACCACAAAGUCUGCUGCCUAAUUUUUACAUCAGCAAGUCAUCAACCUAAACAAGUUUCAACCUAAACAAAUCAUCAACCUAAACAAGUUUCAACCUAAACAAGUUUCAGCCUAAACAAGUUUCAACCUAAACAAGUUUCAGCCUAAACAAGUUUCAACCUAAACAAGUCAUCAACCUAAACAAGUUUCAACCUAAACAAAUCAUCAACCUAAACAAGUUUCAACCUAAACAAGUUUCAGCCUAAACAAGUUUCAACCUAAACAAGUCAUCAACCUAAACAAGUUUCAACCUAAACAAGUUUCAGCCUAAACAAGUUUCAGCCUAAACAAGUUUCAACCUAAACAAGUCAUCAACCUAAACAAGUUUCAGCCUAAACAAGUUUCAACCUAAACAAGUCAUCAACCUAAACAAGUUUCAACCUAAACAAGUUUCAACCUAAACAAGUUUCAACCUAAACAAGUUUCAGCCUAAACAAGUUUCAACCUUAACAAAUUUGAACCUUUACAAAUUUGAACCUAAACAAUUUUAAACCUAAACAAUUUUCAACCUAAACAAGUCAUCCACUUGAUAGACAUAACUCAGAGGCAUAACUUUUUAAAAAUAAUUUGAGGAAGAAAGAAAAAUGCAAAUACAAAAGAUUAAUGGGAAUACAAAAGAAAAAUGGGAAUACAAAAUAUUAAUGGGAACCCUGACACUUUUUUUGUGUGUCUUUGCUUGCUUUAAACCUCUCUUAAUCUUAAUAUUAGAAAGAUUUUUGGUAAAAACUGGGUUCUAGUAAAGGUGUUGAUCAUCUGGUGAUAUUUUGGUGGACAUUUUGGACAGAUUGGUCCUAGAAUAUAGGGUCUGUUACACCAGAGUGCUUUAGAAGUGCUAAAGACUUUGUGUGUGAUCCUUGAAUGAUUGUAUUAUUUCUGUUAUAAAAAGUUUUUAUAAAUAAAUACAUUUUUGUUAUACAAGAAAUUUUGUGUCUGUUA